CUAUUCGCGCAGUGAAUUGUGAGUUGUUGCGUUAGGACUCGCUCAUAGAGCAUAGUUUUGUGUAGUCGACGCGCGCGAUAGUAUUAAAAGUACGCCAAGAAGAGAAAGAUUGGGUGGUUCGUGUUCAGUACGACGCGCGCGCCGACUGAACGAUUGCCUUUGUCUUCAUACACACGAGAAAUUUGAGAGAUCGGUGAUGGACGCUACCACGACUCUGGUGUUGCCAUGAUUUGUCGAUCAUGGCGUCCCUAGCAGCCAAGUGAUGCUAUCUGAUAUAAAGGAUUAAAAAUGUCAGAUGACAAUUCACCUGUUGUUGAAGAACAAAAAAAGAAACGAGGUAGACCAGCAAAAACAGAUAAGAAUACAGUUAAAGAACCCAAAAAGCGAGGCAGACCUGCUGCUGAUAAAAAUAAUGUAGUACGCACUGCAAAAUCUGAUAAUGAAGAUGAUGCAUCGCCUGUACCUGUUAAAAAAGGGAGAGGACGACCAAAAGGAUCUCAUAAAAAGAAGCAAGGUUCAACUAAAGGAAAUGCUUCAGGACGGGGCCGUGGUAGACCUAAAAAGAAAGAAGAAAAACCAGAAAGUACUGGUGAAGAAGAAGAUGAGCAGGAAGAAGAGGAAGAAGAGGAGGAAGAAAAUUAA